CCAGAAGGCGUCCCAGUCGGUCCCGUCAAGUGCUCGGCCAGUGUACUAGUUGACCGGCGGUCUCGUCAUGUAAAUAUCAUAAUAGAACAGGUUGCGGGGACUGUACCUCUUAAUCAUGAAACACAGUAAUAAUACCAAGUACGAAAAAUUGCCACAACAGUCGCAGAUCGACAAAAGAUUUAAUGGAGAUGCGGUAGGAAGUCCUGACAGUGGAAGUUUAAGUCUGAGCGAGGUUGAUGAGUGUGAGAUGUGGCUUAAAACAAAUGAGGCGAGCACCCUGGGUGCUGAAGAGGUAGCUGCCAGAUUGAGAACUGACAUAAGAUCAGGGUUGUGGUGGAGAGAAGCUGAGUUGCGUCGUCAGUUGGCAGGAUAUAAUGAGUUGACUGUAAAAGAUGAUGAUCCAACUUGGAAAAAAUAUAUUGAACAGUUUAAGAAUCCUUUAAUAUUGUUGUUAUUGGCCUCGGCUGUUGUUAGUAUAUGUAUGAAACAAUUUGAUGAUGCAGUCAGCAUUACUGUGGCUAUCAUUAUUGUUGUGACAGUUGCCUUUGUACAGGAAUAUCGAUCUGAAAAGUCUCUGGAAGAAUUAACAAAAUUGGUUCCACCAACAUGUCAUUGUUUACGAGAAGGCCAAUUGGAAACUUUCCUUGCCCGAAAUCUAGUCCCAGGUGACGUAGUACAUCUGAAUGUGGGUGACAGAGUUCCAGCUGAUCUUCGUUUAUUUGAAGCAAUCGAUCUUGCUAUAGAUGAGAGUAGCUUUACUGGUGAAACUGAACCGGCUACUAAAUCAACUGCACCAGUUUUGAAGACAAAUGGUCAUACUUCUAAGAAAAAUAUUGCAUUUAUGGGAACAUUAGUUCGCUGUGGAAAUGGAAAGGGUGUAGUUGUUAAUACUGGAGAAAAAUCAGAAUUUGGAGAAGUAUUUAAAAUGAUGCAGGCUGAAGAGGCCCCCAAAACACCUUUGCAGAAGAGCAUGGAUAUUUUAGGCACUCAGUUAUCCUUCUAUUCUUUCUGUAUUAUUGGUCUUAUCAUGAUGCUUGGUUGGUUUCAAGGACGACCCAUUUUGGAUAUGUUCACAAUUGGUGUGAGCUUGGCGGUGGCAGCUAUUCCUGAAGGAUUACCAAUUGUGGUGACUGUGACAUUGGCCCUGGGUGUUAUGAGAAUGGCAAAAAGAAAUGCUAUUGUGAAAAAAUUACCUACAGUUGAGACUCUUGGUUGUGUGAAUGUGAUCUGCUCAGAUAAGACUGGAACCAUAACAAAGAAUGAAAUGACAGUAACAGUCAUGGUCACAUCAGAUGGUUACCUUGCAGAAGUAUCAGGUGCUGGAUACAAUGAUCAAGGUGAAGUACACAUUCAUAAAUGUGACAGUGUGGAAAGGGCAAGAAUUUCCAUUUAUAACCUUCUGGAGGUUGGUUGUGUUUGUAAUAAUGCUGUGAUAAAUGGAGAUACUUUAUUGGGGCAGCCAACUGAAGGAGCCCUUUUAUCUGCAGGAAUGAAGCAUGGUAUGUAUGGGAUUGCAGAAAAGUAUGUUCGCCUUCAAGAAUAUCCAUUUAGUUCAGAGCAGAAAAUGAUGGCUGUUAAAUGUGUUCCGAAGUACGGUGAGACAAAAGAAGAAGUAUAUUUUGUCAAAGGAGCUCUUGAAAAAGUAUUACAACAAUGCACAAAGUACUCAUCAAAUGGAGUGUUACAUCCUUUGAACACUAAAAAGGAGCAGGAUUUUCUUGCAGAAGCUUAUGAAAUUGGCAGAAAAGGCCUGAGAGUUGUUGGAAUGGCACGGGGCAAUUCUCUUCAAGAUCUUGUGUACAUGGGACUUGUUGGCAUAUGUGACCCUCCUCGUCCAUUUGUUAGAGAGUCCAUUCAAACACUUAUACAGUCUGGAGUGAAGGUUAAACUUGUAACUGGAGAUGCUCAAGAAACUGCAACAGCUGUGGCAUCAAUGAUAGGCCUUGACACAAUUCACCUGCAAGUGAUGUCAGGUGAUCAGAUUGAUACUAUGUCUGAACAUCAAUUUGAACAAAUCGUUGGCAAUGUUAGUGUAUUUUAUAGAGUCACACCUCGUCACAAAUUGUGCAUUGUGAAGGCUUUGCAGAAAAAUGGAAUAAUUGUUGGUAUGACUGGUGAUGGAGUCAAUGAUGGUGUAGCCUUAAAAAAAGCUGAUAUUGGAAUAGCAAUGGGAAAAAAUGGCACUGAUGUUUGUAAAGAAGCAGCUGACAUGAUCUUGGUUAAUGAUGAUUUUCAUACUAUCAUUUCUGCUAUUGAAGAGGGAAAAGGAAUAUUUUACAACAUUAGAAAUUUUGUGAGAUUUCAGUUGAGCACUAGUAUUGCAGCUCUCUCUCUUAUAGCUCUGUCAACUUUGAUUGGUAUUCCAAAUCCUUUAAAUGCAAUGCAGAUUUUGUGGAUAAACAUUAUAAUGGAUGGACCCCCUGCCCAAAGGCAACAACAUGUCUAUUUUUUAUUUUUUUGUAGUUUGGGUGUGGAACCUGUAGAUAAAGAUGUAAUAAAACAAAAGCCACGUAAUGUUAAAGAACCAAUGAUCACAAAAUCAUUGAUAGUAAAUGUUCUUUUAUCUGCAUUUAUAAUCAUAAUUGGAACUUUAUGGGUAUUCAAGAGAGAGAUGAGUGACAAUAACAUCACACCGAGAGACACUACUAUGACAUUUACUUGUUUUGUCUUCUUCGAUAUGUUUAAUGCUCUUAGUUGCCGAUCUCAGACAAAAUCAAUUUUUACCAUUGGUUUAUUCAGCAAUCGCAUGUUUCUCUUGGCAGUGACACUAUCAGUUGUAGGGCAAAUGCUUGUUAUUUACUUCCCUCCAUUGCAAAUGGUAUUUCAGACAGAAGCACUAACUUUCAUUGAUAUCCUAUUCCUUGUGGGGUUGACAUCUACAGUAUUCAUUAUCUCAGAAAUCAAAAAAUUUCUGGAGAGACAAAUGGAGAAACGCCAGAAGUCCAUGAAAUCGGAACUUGACUUUGUAUGACAAUCAAGGAAAACCAGAAGUAAGGCCCGUGUAGAUUAAAAAUUAUUUAUGAACUUGAGGACUUAUCAACAAACAUAAAAGUCUGUCAUAAAUAAGAGGAGGGCUUCUUCUGGUAUGGUAAACAAAAUGAGAAAUUGCAUCCAAGACAUCUGCAGUGUUGUGGAAAUAUAUCCUGAUGAUGUCAAUAAGAUGGAAACUUUUUUCUGUGAUUUGUAGUUUUAUGUUAUGUUUUGUAAGUAGCUUUGCAUUUUGUACAGCAUCUGAAGUCUAAAAUAAUCUUGAUGCCAUUCCAUCAGAUUUUUUUAGUCAAACAUCGGGACAUACUUCUUUCAACAUGCAAAUAUGAAUAAUGAAUUACUCUGAUGGAGGAUCUGUGAUAAAAAGGAAAUCAGUAAUUCACUGUAAUUUUAGUGAAAUACUUUCUUUUAAAAUGAGAACGAAGUGAAAGUAUCGACUCUUUUGGGAAAAAAGAGCAUUAUUUAUCUGUUUAUGGUAAAAUGAGAAAGUGAUGCUUGAUUUGCCUAAUAAGCGAUUUUAUGAAAAUAUUGAUUGUUAAAUGAUGGACAGUUUUGGAAAUUCAGGUGUUCCUAAUGUAACCGUUGGGUAGAAUUAUUCAAAAUUUAUAAUAGUUGCAAACAUCAUCGGACAGAAUACUGUAUACGUUAUCCUCUCUUUGAUUUGUAUUCAUACCUAUCUCAAAAACCAUGAGCGUGUGUGUGUAUGUGUGUAAAAACGAUUCAUGUACAAUUUAUUACUUGCUUUGUGUAACUGGAAGUGUCAUUUCUUUAUCAAUGUUUAUUGUAGUUCACAGCAGUUAUAGCUGUAUUGGUAAAUGUCUCCUAAACUUUUCCAUUGUUCUCUUAAAACCAAUGUUACCUCUUUCUAGUAAGAGGUUAUAUUAUAGGGUUCCUUGCAAUAUUUAUUCCUUCAGUAAUUUAUUGGGUAGCAAAUCACCUUUAAUGGACUUUUUUUCUGUUAUCUGCUUCAUCCAAAUGUAAUUACAUGGAAGCAUUUGUUGUAUUGCACUGUUAUAUACUCUGAUAACUUGUGUUUGUUUGGUCAGUAUUAUCUGUUUAGAUCGAUGGGUAGAUAUUUAGAUAAGUCACAUAUUACUGAGAAAUAUAUAGAUGUUUGUAUACUUGUUCUAUUAAAAAUGUAUGAUGAUACGACAAAUUGUGAAAGUAGUUAUCUAGAAGUAAUUCUUAUUGUAAUUGUAUUUAAUUAUAAAGCUGAGUUGAAAUAUUUGUAAACAAUCAAAUUUAACAUUUAUAUAGAUUUGUGAUAAAGCUGCAUUUUUCAUGUAGUAUAGUGUAUAAUACGUUCAAUUCUCUCUCGUUUGCAUUUAAAGCACUAAUUACUAUCUAUUUAGAACUUUUCAACAAAGUAUGGUGCAGAGAAACACUUAGUGUAUUAACUUGACUGGAAAUUAAGGAGGAAAUUGUGGAGUUUGAAAUGUGUGCAUACAAGUACAUAGGAAUAUGUAUUGUUUUAUGCAUGUAACUAUACAUGUGUUACAAAAUUUUAAUUUUGAAAAAUUGAUAGUAUUUUUCUGUAUGAAAUGCACAUAAUUAUUCUGGAAAUUUGCAUAUUUUUUGGGCUGCUUUUCAGUAACGAGGGCUCAAGUUAUUGUACUUUUCUUACCCUUGUGGAGAGCUUUGUGUUGCUAAGUUUUCAUAAUUUCUUUCACAGCACACUUGGCUGUUUAAGAACUUUGAAUUUAAAUAGCAUUUGUUGACAUUUACUUAAAGUUUAUCUAAGCUUGUAGUCUGAGUGCUCAAUAAUAUAGUUCAAUAUUGUUGAGUAUAAAUGGUUAGAAAGGACCAAAUUUUGUCCUAAGAGUCAACAUUUUCUGUAAUUGGUUCUCACAACUUAAUAUUAAUUUUUAUUGAUUCUACUAAAAAGCAACUGACGUGUGAUUUUUCCAGUUAUCAUUCAGAUACAAUUAUCUAGUUAUUACAAGCAAUGGGAACAAAUUAUUGGACCCACUUCUAGAAGAUAUAUUCACUCACUAUGGUGUGUUGCUGUAAAAUUGUCUUUUGUAGAAUGUAGGCUUUUCUGGAGCAGAAACUAUACCUUUUUGCAGUUGUAUGCAGUUUUGGAUAAGGGAACGUGGUACUUAAUAAAGAGAAGAGGUUUACAUAAAUCCAAACACUUAGGUACUUUAAUGUAUAGCACAUUGAAGACGCUGUCUAGAAAAGUUCAUAAAAUAUUUUGUUGUAGAUAUUGAAAUUUUGUGUGCUUUUGUCGUAUUGGUUGUGUCUUAGAUUUGAGGUGUUAUAACUGCGAUUAUGAACAAAAUCUUUAGUUAAGAUUUAAUCUUGUACAGAGUAUAUGCAUUAAGUGAAGUAGCAAAAGGCUAAAUGAGAUUCUUUCCACUAGAGUAGCCUGUACAGGAUGUUAAAUAUUCAGUAGCCUAUUUUUCUACUCUAACCUUCCAUGGCCUUGAACAUGAGUGAGGAAAUGUUUUCAGUGGCAGUUAUUUGAGUUCAUUGUUGAUGUUUGCACUUUUUCAAAUUGUUUAAUGAUUGUUGCAUUGUUUGUAACUAAGAUGUUUUAAAAAAAAUGCACAGAAGUGAGGAUUGUAUUUCCAGGUGCUCUCUAACGCUUAUUUGACAUUUCUGAAAUAAAUUGUGAUUAGAUCCAUCAUGUCGGAUGCGGUUAGAUGUAAGGCCAGGGUUGCAUUCUGUUUUUGAUUGCCAAGUUUGUGUAUGUGUGGCCCGUAGACCGAGAAAGGUUUCUUUAAGGAGUGGGCAAAGAUUGUAUUACAUAAUUUUUGGUUCAUACGAUGUGAAAGAAGAGUAAUUUAUUUUUGUGAAUUGUGUGGUAACUAAGUUAUAUUAGCACAAUGCUUAAUGAUAAUUAUUGUUACAUUAAGAUUUUUUUGCUGUAUUUCUCAUUUUGUUGUAUGGUAAUUUGCCACAGCCAUACUAGUAAAAUACACAACUUCCUCUAAGUUGUAUUUUUUUAUUAUUGAAGAACCUCAAUAUUUCUCCCCAAAUAAGUUACAUAUUGCUGAUACCUAGAACUAAUCAUUACAAGUCUUAAAUAAAUUUGAACUGCUGUUUCAAGAACACUUUUCAUUAUACUGCAGAGAAAUAGCCAAAUACUUAAAAAGUAUGCUUUUCACUUCAGGUUCUCCAUAGUUAGACAUCUGCUUUUAACUGAUUGUUGCUCAACUGCACUUUUUCACCAGGUUUAAAAGCAGGCAUGCCCAGAUAAGGACAAGAUGCACAUCUGAAGGCAUCUCCUAAGUAACAAUUUCCACAAGCUGAUGUUUGGAUUUGAUUAGAUUGUUUUGGUUGUCCAGCAGUUUCACUCUCCAACUCUUCAGCCAAUCCGCAUGUACAAUUCUUACAUGCUUUUCUCUUUCCAGUGGUUCCACACACUUUGAGGGAAGAUGGGUCGGGUUUCUUGAGAUCACUGUCAUCUAACAAAGUAUCAGAAUCAAUUGUCUCAAAGUCAUCAUCUAAAGAAUCCAGUUUCCAAACAGCAGCAACUUCUGAUGGUGGUUUGUUUGCAGCAAUGUUUUUAGCAAAGGGCAGAACAGCAGAUGAUCCGAUCUCAAAAUUUGGUUUCUUGCACUGUAUUUCUACAAUAUUUAAGCUCUCACUCGUAUUAAACACAGCCUUAAGAGUUUCUCUUUCAUUUUCGUUUAAUGAAAUAGAUUUUGGCUCUUUUAUAUCUAUAAAACCUGCUAGUUUCAAGGUUGUGUGUAAUUUCUCCACAGUUUUCAAAGAUUUCUCAUUAUUUUGAAGAACUGUUGCCUCUUGGAGAACAACUGUGCCUUGAGGUUUCACAAUUCGAGCUACUUCCCCAAGCUGUUGAACGGAAUGAACUAUGGACUGUGGAAAAAAUACUCCAGACAGAACAACAUCAAAUGAUGAAGCUGCAUGUGAUGCUAAUGACAACCUCCCAGCAUUUUCUAAUGAAACUUUUCCACUUGGACCAACCAAUUGUUUAAGGUUUUCAACAACAUCUUUCAGCUUGUUAGGGUCAACAGCAUCUCCCCAUACAAUAAGUACAUGGUUAUCUUUACCGAUAAACGGGUACAUCUUGCUGAGAAAAGCUCACACCCAACUCAGCGACAAUAAUGCUCUCACCUUUCUCUUUGUUUCAAGUUCUUUUUCAAAAUUCGUCGACUUGUUUCUUGCUAUUCCUUACCGUGUUAGCACCAGGCACUUAGCACGCAAAACUCCGAAAUGUGUACUGCUUUUAAUAUUGGUAUUUACUUGCAGGUAUUCCGAUGACACAAACAUUCAAUAACGCAGCACUUAUGUACAUUAUCGCGUAUAUUUAACACGCAUACUUGUCGGUUUUCUUUACUCCGAAAAGAAGGUGAUCUAUGAACAAUAAAACGUACUAAAAAUUGCGUACAAAGGCUCAAAAAAUUGCCAUGUAAAUAUGCCGUAUGUAGAUAUUGGUAGACGUGAUGGGAUGUAAGAAACAGCUGAUCGUAGCCAACCUACGACAGUUAAAAUAUAUGAAGAGUUUCCAUUACUCGUUAUCCGUCGUUAUCUUUCUAUGCCUUUUUUCUGGGGCUCUUCAGUUUAUUGAAGUUAUAAUAUAAAUACUGAAACACAAACAUUCUAAUUUAAGUAAUAAUUAUUAUUUUCAUAAUUUCUUUGUCGAAAACGUUGAAUUUGUUAAAUUUCAACCACGUGGGUACUGCUGAAAAAAUACGCAACAAAACGUAACCGUACGUUACCUAUUAUAUUGAUGGGGAGUGAUCACAAUUCGUGUUUAUGAGGCAACUUUGAAUGAAGUCGGAACUAAUGAUAUACCAUCAUUAUUUUUAAUCUGGCUGUACUCUUUGAUUGGAGCCAGAAACAAUUACAAAUUAUAAUGACCGUAUUCCGAAAUGUCAAAAUAGCGUGAUAACGAGCUGUUGGCAUAGGUUAACGAAUAUAAGAAGUUGUGCGCUUUUUAUACGCGAGUGAUGUGUGUAAUUAUUUUUGGUAUUUCCUUUUAAUACAGGUUUUGAAUUUUAACUUAUUGCUAUUAAAUUUAGAAAAAAACAUGCGAUCACACAGGAAUACUUCUUUCGAACAGUAACAACUAGAAGCUUCUUAAGUUUUCUUAUAUUAUACACAUCGUAGAAGAAGUAUUGAGUAUUUUUUAAGUUAAGAUUUUUAUUGGUUUUAUUAAAACAAUUCAUUGUAAUAAUGCAAAUGAAUAUAUUUAGAGCCACAAGAAGACUUAUAUAUUUACAUGCAAAUUUCAGAUGUGGAAAAAAAUGUAUGCAUAUGAGUGGUCAAAACAUAUCUGACAAGUUGGGGCGCCAGUUACAGGCACGAAUAAAAGCAAUGGGUCCUCUGACCAUUGCAGAUUACAUGCGAGAAGUUUUAACUAAUCCUACGUCAGGUUACUACCAACAUAAAUCUGCUUUUGGCCCAGCUGGAGAUUUUAUGACAUCUCCUGAGAUAAAUCAAAUGUUUGGAGAAUUAAUUUCAGUUUGGUUUAUAAGUGAAUGGCAGAAAAUUGGUGCACCAGCACCAUUUCAGAUUAUUGAAUUGGGACCUGGCAAUGGAUCAUUGAUGAAUGACUUUAUAAAGGUUUUGGUGCAUUUUAAAAUCCACAAAGAUGUCACAAUACAUCUUGUUGAAGUUAGCCAACGCUUAGCCUCCGUGCAGGCAGAGAAACUAAACGUUAAUCUUCAACACGAAAAGAGUUCUGCUUCCACAGCCUGUUACCAGAGAGGACGUACAAAUAGCGGCAUCAAUGUAGCGUGGUACAGUCAUAUAGAAGAUGUUCCUCGCAGUUUCUCAUUCAUUGUUGCAAAUGAAUUCUUUGAUGCCUUACCUAUUCAUAAAUUUGAAAAAACUGACAAAGGAUGGAGAGAAAUUUUAGUUGAUGUCCAUCCUGAACAGGAAAACGUUUUUCGUUAUGUUCAAUCAAGGUUUCCUACCCCAGCUACAAUGUUUAUUAAGCCAAAUGAAGUACGUAAUCAUGUGGAAUUGAGUAUCAGUACAGUUUUAAUAGUUCAACAUAUGGCUUCAAGAGUGGAAGAAGAUGGAGGCAUAGUGUUAUUAGCUGAUUAUGGGCAUGAUGGAAGUGGCUGUGACACCUUUCGAGCUUUUCGCCAGCAUAAACUACACGAUCCAUUGGUUGAUCCUGGAACAGCUGACCUCACUGCAGAUGUGGAUUUUUCAGCAAUACGAAAUGCUGCCGAGCCUAAAUUGAUUACAUAUGGACCUACAGAUCAAGGAGAAUUCUUAGAGAGAAUGGGCAUAAAGCUAAGAUUAAAUGUACUUUUGGAACAGUGCAAUGACAAUGAAAAAACAAGACUGAGAAGCAGCUAUAACAUGCUUGUUGAUAGUGAUAAAAUGGGUAAACGUUUUAAGUUUUUUGCAAUGUUUCCAGCAGUCCUUAAAGAACAUUUGGAUAAAUUUCCAGUUGCAGGAUUUUUUUAAAUAUCUAUCUUCAAAUACAGGUAAGGCAGACCGAGACCAGAUACACAACUAUUAUGCGAUAUGGACAAAAAUCAUUAAUUGUAUGAAGUCAAGAACUACUACAAUUAUGAACUUUGUGAAUACUUAGUGCAUCAAUUAUUAAGUUGAUGAAGAUAAUUGAAAUUGAAUAAAGAUUUUUGUUAAGUA